GAGACAGCAGGAUGCCAAGGAGAGCACUCCGACACACGGCGUCCGUUUUGCCGUCUCCCGACGUCGUCUCUCAGUCACAGCAACUCUGAUGGGCGUUUUUAUCUUCCCUUUACCGCCCUCGACGCUUGGAUAUUUUCGGAAGCCACGAAAUGAAGCGAAUGAAUCCACGCUGGAAGUCGCCUCCUAUGUGGCCGUCGGGUGUGGGGAGCAGGCAGCCCUGCCCGCGGGAGUCGGCGCUGCGCAGGGCGGCCAUCAGCGGCAACAUCAACGCCCUGCCGCCGCACCACGUCCCCACCGGCCGCAGCGUCCGGGUCUUCAUCUGUGCCAACCCCGACGACACAGAGGCAGAGAGGAAUGCACUGAAGGAGCACGUCUAUCCCAAACUACGAGACUUCUGCAGGGAGAAUUAUGGAAUUGAAUUCCAGGUGGUGGACCUGUACUGGGGUGUCGAUCCGGAGGAGUGGGACAGUCCAGAGCUGCAGCGACUCAGAAUGAAACUCCUGGAGGAAUGUCUCAAGACUUCGGCUGGGCCGUGCUUUGUUGGUCUGGUGGGAGAAAAAUACGGCAGCAUCCGAGUGCCAGGGGAAGUGGAAUCAGCAGAGUUUGAGAUGAUCUUGGAUGCAGCUGUGGAGGCGGGGCUGGACACACACAUCCUGGAAGAAUGGUACUGCAGGGAUGAAAACUCUGUGCCACCCGCAUACUACCUCAAACCCAAAGCCCAAAUGCUCAAGAACUACCAGAACUCUGUAAGUCCAUCAAGCAGCGCAGUCAAGACCAAGAAUGACAAGGCCUGGAGGAACGUGUCAGAGGAGAUCAAGAGGAUCUUCAGGACGGCUGUGCUGCAGCUUCAGGAGAAAGGGACCAUGAAGAGCGCUCAGGCCAAGAAAUUCCUUUGCUCUGCCUUGGAGGAUGAAUUAGACUUUGCCCUUGGGAAACAAACGCCUGCCUUUCUCAGGAAAUGCGUCUGCUACAUUCGCAAGAUCUCCAACUUUGACCGCUUCGCCAAACUCCCGGAGAUGGCUCGCUACAUGGACAUUGUGGUCAGCAGCGAUCGGGUCAUGCGCAACCAGGAAGCCUACGAACGCCUCCUGAAGGUCCGGGAUGAGUUCAUCCCCACGGUCGUGGCUGCCUCCAACCUCCGGGUCUAUUCCUCUGUCACCCACUGUGACAUGAAGCUAGGCUACUCCCAAGAAGUGGAAAGUCAUUAUGUAGAAGGUCUGUGCAAGCAGUUCUACGAGGACAUGGUGGACAUCAUCCAGGCCACAGUCCAGCAGAACUUUGACACAGAGACUGACCCACUGUACGACGAGAUCCUGCAGCACCUGUCCCUCUGUAAGUCCUACGCAGCCCUCUACGAGUACAAAACUGAGGCACUGGAUUACGUGCAGGAGUAUCUGAUGCCUUCUAAGGGGAGCAGGACGAGCCCUCUGGUGGUGUACGGAGGACCCUGCACUGGAAAGACACUGCUGCUGUCUGAGGUGGCAAAACAGGCCUACACAUGGCUGCAGAAAGAGAUGGGCCCUGAAACCGACCCAGUGAUCAUUGUCCGUUAUAUCGGCUCCAGCCAGCUUUCCACAGACCUACGAACCCUCCUCCAGAGCAUCUGUGAACAGAUUGCAAUAAACUACCGCUGCCUGAUUCACUUUUUGCCUAACAAGAUUCAGGAGAUGAAAGAACUCCUGACCAACCUCUUAGGGGAACCCUCAUUCCACAGGCCCUUGGUCAUUGUCCUAGAUGCCCUAGAGCAGCUCUCUGAUGCCGAUGAAGCACGCAAGCUAUGGUGGCUCCCCGUACACCUCCCUCGGACAGUCCGCAUUGUGGUAUCAACAUUGCCCAAUAAACAUGGAAUCCUGCAGAAGCUUCGCCACCUCGUCCAUGAUGAGGGGUAUUAUGUUGAAUUAAUCCAGAGAGACCGCAAAGUCUGUAGUCAGACAUUAAAACAGCAGUUGCUGGGGGUGAAGAGAAAGGUCACCUCAGGCCAACAGAUCUAUGUCAAUGAGGCACUUGCCAAGUGUACUUUGCCAAUGUUUGUCAACCUCAUCUACAGAGAAGUAGUUCACUGGAGGUCUCAUAAAGAUGUGGAUGAUAGGUCCCUCUGCUCAACAGUGCAUGAAAGUAUAGAGCAGUUAUUCUACUCUGUGGAGAACAAGUUAGGCCAGCGAUUUGUCUUCAGAGCAUUAGGGUAUAUCACCAUGGCCAAGGCUGGGCUAACGGAAGUUGAGCUGGAAGAUAUCCUGUCCCUGGAUAACAUAGUUCUUGGCGAUGUCAUUGUGGCAACUUACCUCAAAAACCCAUUGAGAAUCUCCUAUGACUUGAUUGCAAAACUCAGAGAGGAGUUGGAGGGCUAUCUGGUGGAACGCCAGGUACGGAACGUCACUUUGAUGGUCUGGGCCAACAGGCACCUGCAUCUUAUUGCUCAGAAGCUGUAUCUUAGCAAUGAGGAGGAUGUACAUCAGAUGCACAGCCUCUUAGCUGAGUACUUCCUAGGGGCAUGGUCAGGAGGUAGAAAGAAGAUCUUUACUUACGAUAACAACCAUUUCACUUCCCUGAACAUUUCUCAUCACAAAAACCCUCACCAUCAGCAGUCCCAUGAAAAAACAUCUUCUGAUAAGUACUCCUAUGACAGACAGACUCCUGAACAACCUUGGGUGUUCCAAUGCAACCUUUUGGAGCCUGACAUUUUCUUUGUCAAUCACAGAAAGAUGACAGAGUUGGUGUACCACCUUACCAGGAGUGGGCGGACAGAUGACCUCAUGUUUGGUGUCAUAAUGAACUUCAGCUGGCUCUACACAAUGAUCAAGAUUGGCCAAUUUGAAAAGGCUUUAACAGAUAUUGACCUAGCUUACAGUUACACCCAAGAGAAGGAGCUGAAGUUUCUGGCCACCACUCUCCGUAGCAUCAAAGUAAAAGUGCUGAAGAAUCCAGCAUCACUGUCUGCAGAGCUGCAGCAAAGGCUUUUGCCUGUUGUCACCUCCCUGCCUAAGCUCAGACACCUCCUCCUGGAGUGUGACAAAGACGGCCCAAAGUACUGCUCUAUUGUGCCUCUCCACUCCUCUAUGGACGUUACCUACAGUCCAGAGAGGCUUCCUCUUUGCUCCAGCUACAUGCAGAUUGUGGAGAUCUUGCCCACUCUAGCCCCAAACAUAGUUCUUGUAGCCUUGGAAGAUGGAUCUGUCAGCACCUGGGAUGUUGAGACCAGGCAACUUCUACGACAGAUCGACACAGCCAGAUCUGUUGUGCUGGGAAUCAGGUUGACCUCUGAUGAGAAGUAUCUGGUUGUGGCCACAACUAAAAACACACUUCUAAUCUACGAUAAUCAUAAGUCCUGCCUUUUAUCUGAGGUUGAAAUCAAGGGCUCAAAGCAUGCUGGCAUCACUGGUGGGGUUGCCUUCAUUAAUGGUUUUACUUUGUCUACCCAUCAUGCUUUGGCAUGGCUUGAGGCUAGUAAAGAUGUGAACGUCAUUGACCUCCUCUAUGGCUGGCCUUUGUACCAAUUCCAUUGCUGGUACGAGGUGACUUGUGUCCAGUGCUCGCCAGAUGGAAUGUAUGCUUUCUGUGGCCAGUACCUCAACACGGUGUCCGUUUUUCAUCUUGGAAAUGGUGACAAGUUGGCCACUGUGACAUCUGAGUUUUCUGGAGGGUUCGUCAAGUCCAUUCUUGUACUCGACACCCUUAACCAAAUGGUGAUGAUUGACAAUGAAGGCAGUUUGUCUGUGUGGAACACCAAAGAGAUCACUAACCCAAAACUGAUGGAGGAUUAUGAUUGUAGAGGGGAUGACAGCGAAGUAGUGGGCAUUGAGCUAUCUGAAGACCAGCGUUCCAUUCUCAUUUGCAAGGCCAGAAGUAUAGAGGUUCUGGACACAAAAGUAUGGAAAAUGCUAGAAAAGUUCAAAGCCAAACGUAGUGAACGCUUUGUUGCUGCUGUACUCUCCAAGAAUGGCCAAAGCAUUGUGGCCUCCAUGGAAAAUACCUCCUCUAUCUUUGUCUGGAGGAGAGACAGUGGACAAUGCAUGGCUAGCCUGAUUGAGAUCUCAGGGGCUAUCGUGAAACUCAUCAAAUCAGUCCACCACAACUUGCUCCUUUCGGUUGCCAGCAGUGGAGUUCUGUCUGUUUGGGACAUUGAUAUCAUCACCGCCAUGUCCAACAUUGACAAAACUGGGAAGAAGAUCCAGACCUUGCAGCUGUCUGGCAGAGAAGACUAUGUGUUUACCAUGGACGGCUCAGAAGCUGUCCACAAGUGGAACUUUAGCACUGGCUUCAUUGAGACAGUCUUCAAGCACGAGGGCAUAGUAGAGAACUGUGUCCUAACCUCCUCAGGGGAUCUCAUGGUGACUUCAGAUGACAAAUCCAGUCAGUAUGUCUGGCAAACCAACACAGGAGAAAACAUCUUUCGCAUCAAUGGACAGAGAAUAUCACAACUGCUAAUCACGCACAACGACCAGUUUGUGGUGUCCCUGUGUGAGCAGAAUGCCUCCAGAGUAUGGAGGCUUGCUACUGGGCACAAAGUCUGCAACAUCUUAGUUACUCUCCAGAACGCACUGAUCACCACAGCAAACACUUUCCUAGUAGGAACGUCAAAAAACAAGCUUCUCGCUGUCAGCCUGUGGUCAGGCAGUGUAUCAAAGAAGUUUGUCUGCGAUGAUGGCAUUACCAUUGUCAACUUUAAGCUCAUUCCCGACUGCCCUGACUGUGCAGUCUUCAUCACAUCCACCGAGACAGUCUUCAUCUGGAGCGUUGCAGAUGAGUCUGUUUGCAGGAGAGUCCAGUUGCCAGCCAACUUCCUCAAAAAUCUAGAGGACUUCCAGAUCUCACCCAACGGGAAAUUAGGAAUUGUCUCCAAAGGUGAUGAGAAUAUUAACGUCUUGGACCUUCACAGCGGGAAGCUCAGGCUUGUUCACGCUGCAGGUAUAAUUUGGCGUCAGAAAUUAUCAAGAGAUGGACGUUACCUUGUGUACAUAUGUUUCCGGAACUGUGACGAAGAUGACGAUGCUGGUGUUGUGUCCAAUCUGAUUGUGAUGCGCCUUGCCGAUGGUAAAAGCAUUGGCACAUGCUCGCUUUACAAGACCCCCACCUUCCUGUCUCUCUCCCAGCGAGCACUAAACAUCAUAAUUGGCUUUGAGGAUGGCAGCAUUGGCACGUACACAGUAGUGGAUCGUGUGGAUGCUGCCCUCAAGAUAAAGAUAGCCACCUCCAACAGCCGCCAGAUUGUCAACAACGCCUCUCAGAAAGUUCGUCCCAAAUGCGGCAAUCAUUCCUUUAAGACUGUUGCUGACUGCAUUUGGCGAGAGUCGACAGAGGUCUUUUCCAGGGACAGUCCCAUCAAUGUGUCAGACUCUGGAGAAGGUGAGUCGACAACACCUACAAAAAAGACCGAACUGGUGCAGUGAUAGGUGGAGAACAAAGGAGUGGGAGGAGCUAAGGCAAGAGGGUGGAGACAGGUGACAAAGCUUAGAAUCUCUGGGGUCGCAGUUGAUUCUUGU